GUAACAACUCAUACUUACCUUGAUGGCAUAGGCUCCUUCAUGUACCUGGGUUUGUGGGCCGUGGGGACCCUUCAUAGCACGGCGACCCUGUCCAUACAGAGGGUAUCUACGGUUUGUAUGAGCUCCGGCUCAUGCACCGUCUCAAUAUUUUCCAGUCCUGCUACGGCCACUCUGGCUAAGCAGGCCGUCUUUUUUUCGACUUUUAUUAGUUCUAACCCUAACCUUACGGUACACCCAAAGCGUAUACCUGCUUAUUCAAUAACUUUUUCAAUUUGGAUACAAGUCUUGUCGCACACCUGUCCUUUGCUUUCGUUACAAAAUUGAAUUGAAUUCUCGCAUUGCUCGUACUUCCAGUCAGAUCUUGGAAACUCAAGCAUCAAUGCAAUGCAAUCAUCA